AUACUAAAUGCCUGUCAAAAUUAUUCGCAGAAUUGAACGGCGAAUUUUUUUUCGCAUUUGGAAAUUGGAUUUUUGCUGAAAGUAAACGCUUUAAAACUGGUAUAAACCCGAAUUAGCCUAUUUGGGGACUUGGGCCAUUGUUUUAAGUGGUUUUCAGCAACUGAAAAGGUGAGCCCGUCGGCGGAUUAGAAUAUUCAACCGGCAGACGAUUUUUUGUUGGCCAAAAAUUUGCAGACGUGAGCGCUUGCAGGCCUAAUGUCCAACGAGAUCUACGACUCCUCCAAUUCGCAGCUAAGUAGCGACGAGUAUAGCCACGAGGAGGAGGAAUACGACGCUCUAAUGGACGCGGCGGUGAGCAAGCAACGACCCCAAAAGACAAAAUCCAAGGGAUCCGAGUCCGAGAAACCCGGAAAUGGAGCUCCAGAAUCGGCGGCUGCCACUGAGAAAAAUGAAAAGCCAGAUGACGAUGCGGUGCCACCUUCCACGCGCUCAGAAACAAUUCGGCGGAUCCGGCAAUUGCAGUUACAGCGUGGCAGGCUGCCCAAUCUUUACUUCAAGCGUCGCAGUAUUCGUUGGCUGCGACCCAAUAAAAUGGACUACAACAGCUAUUUUGACGGCCUGAAGGACUUGCUGCCCAAGCGUAAAUUGAAGCACCUGGUUCGCUUCCAUGACAGGCAGCGCAGAACCUACGACAGCAGGAGCAUCAGUCGUAGUCGCAGCCACAGCCGCAGUCUUAGCCGAAGUUGCAGUCGCAGUCGUAGUCGUAGCUAUUCUCGCAGCCGCAGCGGCAGUGGUUCGCCGGAACUCAUUUGCCUUGACGACACGGAGAACGAGGAUUCGCCUGAGAAACCAGAGCAAGAGCCGGCAAGGGUUACGCCCAUCAAGGAAAAUAAGCCUACGCUUCCGGCUCCACCCCAACUAAACUACGAGCUGCCAGAAAGGAAGAAAGCAAACCCACUUGGAAACAACGAAAACGGUGCCUCUAUCCUCGACGAGUUCCUGGUAAAGAAGGAUCCCCAGGAACCGGUCUUCGACUACGGUAAACUCUCAGCGUGUCGGGAAUUGGAACAGGCUCUAAAGGACCGGUCGCGAGAUGCGCCAAAUGAGGCAGAGUCGCUUGUGGUUGAUGCCACUCUUAAAAGACGCCGUUCGGUAACACCGCCCGCUAGCGAAGAGAAGCGCAACAAUGAAGUCGAGGAUGAUAAUAUAAUUGGGUUUUCAACGGUGCAGCAACAGAAGCCAAUGGAGGCAGCUCCACCAUUAAAUCUAAGAAUGCCCACCACUCCAUCGACUAAUCCUCUUCAGCGUCAGCAGGCUUUUAAGCUGAGCACACCGUAUACCCUGGCUCCGCCUACUGCCGCCAAGCAAGCUGACACUUACAGUUUAAAUACUCCACCGCCAACGGCCACCCAAAUGCAGAUAUCCUAUCCCAACGAAAAGCUGUCAAAUAACAUGAAAGCUAAUGCGACUUUCUCGAUUCAACAGACAGCUUUAUCCCAAGUCGCUGCAUCCUAUGCUGCUGCACCACAAGUGGCUGCCCUCGCGCAGAGAGCUCCAUCUCAGGUUGCUCCACUACAACAAGCCCCCGUGCAACAGAUGCACUUCCCAAGAUCAGUUCCACCGCAGCAGCUUCCUCCACCACAGCAGCGAGCUCCUCCACAGCAACUGGCUACAGCUCCAUUCGCUCCACCACGGCACCUGGCUCAACAUAGACCAUCUCCACAGCAGCUAGCUCCAUCACAGCAGCUGGCUCCACCACACCAGCUAGCUCCACCACACCAGCUAGCUCCACCACAGCAGCGAGCUCCGCCACAGCAGCUAGCUCCACCACACCAGCUAGCUCCACCACACCAGCUAGCUCCACCACAGCAGCGAGCUCCGCCACAGCAGCUAGCUCCGCCACAGCAGCUAGCUCCACCACAGCAGCUAGCUCCACCACAGCAGCUAGCUCCACCACAGCAGCUAGCUCCACCACAGCAGCGAGCUCCGCCACAGCAGCGAGCUCCGCCACAGCAGCUGGCUCCGCCACAACAGCGAGCUCCCACACAGCAUAUGGCUCCACCACAACAUAUGGCUCCGCCACAGCAGCUAGCUCCAACACAGCAGCUAGCUCCUCCACCACAGCAGCUAGCGCCUCGACCACAGCAGCUAGCUCCUCCACCACAGCAACUAGCUCCUCCACCACAGCAGCUAGCUCCUCCACCACAGCAGCCAGAUUCAUCAAGACCAGCUUCGGUGCAGCCGUUGACCCCUCAAAGGCAUGCUAGUCCACAUCAGCUUGCCCAAUCACAGCAGGUCCAUCAAUCGCCAUCUCAACUGCAUCCUGUUCCAGUGGCUGCUCCCAACUUUGCGGUGCCCCAACAGCCGCAACCCCGUCGAUCGGAAACGGUGAGCACCCAGACGCAGGGCUUGGGGUCACCAGCGGCUUCUUCUUCGACAACCCGCCAAAAGUCAUUCGUUGAUCUCAAUAAUAGUGAUGCAAACUUCCAUUAUCGCGUCAAAGAACUUUUCGAUGAAUUGAACUCGACAAUGAUUGAUAAAAUUAACUCGGUACCCCCUGAUGAAGAUUCAUUGAAAAAAGAGCGCGAACGCAUCGUUGCGGAUCUUGCAGCCCUAGAUAAGCUGAUGGCCCAGAAAGAGGAUGAAUAUAACCGACUGCUGUAUUUGAGCUGCAUUAAGAAGGAGCUGCAUGAACGAAUGGAGCGAAAGGAGCGCUUGAUACGUAUUAAGGACCUACUGCCCAUCCUUAUCAACAAGUGCGGCACCAAGGAGCUCAGUGAGGUAAAGGCUAUGCUAGAAGAGGAAAUCGAUUCUCCAAUGGCCUCCAAACAUAGUUUGUCGGCAAUUGAAAAAUUACUGAAUUACGCCGAGUUAAACCAGAACAUCAUACAGCUUCUGCGGGGUUCCUUGGGCUUAAAUAAACGCGCACCGUCCGUGUCUCCGGCCAAUUUCGAGGAUGACCAAAUGCUUUUUCGUAGAGAUUCCUUGCCCGUAAGUCAUCUAUCAAUGCGGGAUCAGCAUUACGAAUCUCGGAAUGCGGUAAAUGACCAUCUGCUAGAUAGCAAUCCAGACAGAGAUCCGCCAGCCAAGCGACCGAAGCUAAUCCACUCGCAAGACAGUAACCAGGACAUGGCAAGCUCCUCGACACAUUUGUCAGCCAAUCUUUCAGAGACGCUUCGCAAGAUUAGGGCUUGGAAAAAUUAUUCGCAUUUUAGUAACGUCUCAAUGGAGGACAAUAAUUCGGAUAAUGAAUCACAGAUCGAACCGCUGUUCAACAGCAGUCCGAUGGCCUCCCGUCGCCAACUGGCCAAUAGACAGUCCUACCAAGAACAACAUUCCGCUAAUAUCAACGACCAUGAGAAUGUCCAAAAGAGGCACAAGUCUCACAAGCGCAAGUCGCAUAAGCACAAGUCUCACAAGCAUAGGAGCUCCCAUAAGUCCCAGGCUGAAUCUUCCGCCACCAUCAACGGUAACACAGGUAGACAAUGCCACGAGUGCAAGCUCUAUGGAGCCACCUUUAUGUGCUCCAACUGUCAGAAUCAAUGGUACUGCAGUCGUGAAUGCCAGCUGAGCGAUUGGGACACACAUCACCGAACUUGUGGCAUUUAAAUAGACUUCACUUAGGACAUCAGCAUUACUAAAACAUAACUAUAUAGACGUAUCGCAUAUGCACUACUAUAUAUUUACUCAACCGUGUAACUCACUGAAGGACACAGGACACUGGCGGACCAUUUUCAAUUGCGUUUUAUUGAAUUAAGUGCUUGCAAUUGUACUCAAUCAAUGAAGCACAAUUUAAAGUGUAAUAUGCCUAGCUAUUAUAAGUUGGUAGGGAUUAAAUAUAAUAAUUAUAAUUCCUUAAUAAUUGAUUCCAAUUUGCUUAUGAACAACGCGCGAAAUUCAUUUUGUUUCAAAAUCGUAUUGAUAAAAUGUUCCUCGUUUUCCCACUUUUUUUGUUUGAAAAUUAAAUAUCCUUGACUUCUUGUUUGCUACAUAAAAGAUAUCUAUUUAAGAAUUAAUAUAUUUAUUUUCUGUUUCUUUGGAUGUAAUUCCAUGCUAAAGGCAAAAUAAACAAGUUCAUAUUU